GCCGCUACACAUCACUAACGCUUUGCGGCAUUGGAGCAAAUUUUCGCAAAAUUUGCUAUACAAUUUUUACGUGUGAAUUUGUGGAAAUUUGUUGUUUAAAUGGUGUAAACAGCAUUAAACAAUUGCUGCGUGCGUGCUUAAUAUAUGUGAACAUCAUUUGCACUUCCAAGGCCAAGUGUAACGACGUCGAAAAGCAGCAAAAGUAGAGAGCACUGGAAACUGGAACUGCUGCUAGAGUGCAGUCUCUUUUCCUAGUAAGUAAAUGCGUCAAUGUUAAUCGCGCUCUUUGCGCUCGCACAUUUGCCAAUCUUUCGUAAGCCGCCGCUGUCAUUGCAAUCAUCAUCAAGGUGUGGCAAAGGCAAAAGCAACGCAACAAAGCACGCGAGCAAAACAACAGCAACAACAACAACAACAACAACAGACAACGCUCAUUUAACGGCAUUAACAAGCAACAGUAAUUUGCAGACAACAGCAACAACAAUUCUAAUUGGAACCCGCCUCAAUAUGAGCAGCAGCAACGAACAGGAUCAGCAGGCAACAGCAGCCAGCAUCAUCGUUGCUGCCAACGGCAAUCAAACGGAUGUGAAAAAAAUCGAAAUUAUUAACUUCAAGCCAUAUGACAAGCAAUGCUGCUAUAACAUCAAAACCAAUCAUACGAAAGUUUAUGGCUGUGGCGGCUCCCAUGCGCGUGGCUCCUCCAAGGUUAAGCUAAAGAAUGUCGUCGACUAUAAAUGGGAGCACAAAUACUAUUAUCCCGGUCAUUUGGUGGCCGUGCAUCGCGAUGGCAAGCAUUUGGCAUAUGCCAUAAAUGUCAACAACAAAGCCACCGGCAUGGAAGGCAUGGUCCGUGUGUGCAACACCAGCACCAGCCAGCGUGCCCUCAUCAAGGGCAUGAAUGGUGAGGUUCUCGAUCUACAAUUUGCCCACAGCGAACGGGAGCGCAUCCUGGCGGUCAUAGAUAUGUGCUCGCUGUUUGUGUAUAAAAUCGAUUUAAUCGAUGGAAAUUUAAUAUGCAAACUUGUACUCAAAGUGGAUGAUCCUAUUGCAAACUAUGUGCCAGAAUAUGACAUGGUUUCCUGGUGUCCUUACAUAACAAGCAGCGGCAGCAGCAGCAACAACAAUACCAGUGGCGGUGGCGGGGGCGUCAGUGGUGUCACUGGCCACGAAGAGGAUGAUGAAAAUCAGCUUUUGAUUUGGUCGCGCAGCAAACAGUUUCAAUGCUUUCAUGUCAGGAUGAUUAUAUCCGAGCAUGGCCGGGGACAGAUUAAACCGGCGUCUCUGGAGACUGGUUAUUUGAAGAUUGAGGAGGAUUCCUUAAUUACCUGCGCUGCUCUAUCGCCCGAUGGCACCACCGUUGCCGCCGCUUGUACUGAUGGCCUGGUGCGUUUCUAUCAAAUUUAUUUGUUUGAUGUGCGCAAUCAUCGCUGCCUACACGAAUGGAAGCCGCACGAUGGCAAGCCGGUGGCCUCGUUGUUCUUCUUGGAUAACAUUAACAAGCCUGUGGAAGAUGCCUACUGGCAGUAUGUGAUUACAACCAGCGAUCAUAAUACUGAGAUAAAGCUGUGGAACUGCUCGCUGUGGGAGUGUCUGCAGACCAUCAAUAUUAUGGCCUCAGUUCCGCCCACUGUGCAUCCGGGCAUGUUCAUAGCUGGCAUUGAUCGUAGCGCCAACUAUUUAGUUAUAUCCAGCCUGGAUGCGUUAGCCGUAUAUGUGAUGCAGAUUAGCAGCUGUGGCAUCGUCAGAAGCAGCGUCAACGAUCAGGCCAGCGACAGUGGGGAUUCGGAUAAUGGCAGCGAUGCUGAUGACGCUGGCAGCGGCACUGGCAAUAACGAUGCUGCCGUACGCAUUCAAAACAUAGCAGAGUUCAAGCUGAGCUCGGGCAUACUAUCUUUUUCCAUAGUGAAUGCCAGCAUGCGUCGGAUGAAGAGCACCAACGAGAGCUACUAUCCGUUUGAGGAGCCUGAUGAUUACGACGAUGAUAGCACUGCCACAACCGAUGCCCUAGUGGUGCAUAUGUUUGUGGUGCAGGCCAAGAGCUUGCAGGAGUGCCAGAUUAUCUAUCAGCCAUGUGUGGCCGAAAAGCCAGUAAGAAGUUUAAAUAGCAGCAACAAAAGUAGUGCCAGCAAUAAGCGCUCCCUGACACCGGAUGGUGCGACGCCAUCGCGACUGCUACACGUCAAUGAGAUUAAGGCGGAGCCCAGUUCACCGCACAACAGCAGCAGCGGCUCCAGCGCAGUGCCACUGGAUACACUCUUCGGCAAGUCCAAACGCAACUCAGUUAGUUCAACGUCCGCCUCGGUGGUGGCUGUUGCAGUUGCUGCUGCGGCUGCACCUUCGGCCAUCCUGCAAGAGACACCUACGACGGGCACAAAUAAAUCACGUUCCGCUUCGCCCCAGUAUGGCAGCGGCUAUCCGCAACUGAAUCUCAUGACUCCGGAUGCGUUUAGCGCCAGCGGUGCCACCACCAUGCUUUUGACCACGACCAGCAUUAGCAGCAACACAACUGGCACCGAUGCCAUCAGCAGCUCUGCGGGUGCAACUACGGCUAACACAGAUCAGUCCGCGAUCAACUCUCAGGUGCUGAACACGCUGCGCAUGCUGGCAACAGUGACUGCCAAGGGAACGGAGUCGGCCAAUGCGAAUCUUUUGAAACUGAUGAACAAUACGCUCAUUGAGGAUCGGGAACAGCAGAAGCUUAAAGACAAAAUGGAUGCGCGCAAGAAGUUCAUAGCCAUUGAUCGCAAUCCGGAACGCAAUGCGGGUGAGAAUUUAGCCAGUGGCGGUUCCAGUCCAAGUCGUGAAGUCCAAGAGAUUAUGGCCACACAAGAGGAUGCAGAUGACUACGAACCGGAAUUGGAGAAUCUAGAAUCUGACGAAGAGAACCCCUACUAUAUGCUAUGCAAAACGGAAAAAAAAACCGAGGAUGAGUUGGCCAAUUCACCAACCGUCGAGGAAACGGCAGCUGUAGCGACCAAUUGGCCGUCACAGGAUUCCAAGCUGCCAACCAAAAAAUCCGCUGAACUUCAAAAUGCGGCACAAAUCAUGUCGCAAGCGGUGCAGCACAAGAACAAUGGCAAUGUGCCGCCCACGCUGGGCAACAGUAGCUGCAGCAACAACACGGCAACAACAUUAAACAGCAGCGGCAACAACAACAUCAGCAGCUGCAGCCACAAUGCGGCAAUUGAAAAUUCCACAGGCAAUGCAGAGAUCAAUGCAAAACUGGAACAACUAUUGGAUCUGGUCAAGGCGCAAUCGCUGCAGCUGCAUAAACUGGAGCACGAAGUUAGCAAGAUUCAACAACAGCAGCAGCAGCUGCAACCAAGCAGCGGUGCGACGCCCUUGCAGCCGAAAAGCAUCCACGAGCUGGCCUACAAAAUUGAAAUGCAACUGUCCAAGCUAAUGGAACAAUACUUAAAGCGUUACGAGAACGAGCACAAAAAGAAACUAACCGAGUUCCUGCAUGCGCGUGAGACUCAAAAUCGUGAACUGCGAGAUUCGGUGCUGCAGGUGCUCAAUCAGUAUGUUAUGAAUCAUUUUACGGACAUUAUUGGCAAUGUUCUGAACAUGGAGCUGCAGCGUCAGCUGUUGCCACGCGUAAAUGCCAAAAUGGAUCAGUUGCAGAAUCAAAUGCAACUGGAGAUAGUGCAAAAAUUAAAUGUGUUUGACAAGACGGUCAAGGAGAACAUUGCACAGGUGUGCAAAAGCAAGCAAUUUCUGGAUGCCUUUGGCAAAUCUGUGCUGAUUGGCGUUCAGACAAGCCUGCAAACGGCCUUUAUUGAGUCCAUGAGCAGCACUCUGAUACCAGCCUACGAGAAGUCCUCGCAAAAUAUGUUCAAGCAGCUGCACGAAGCGUUCAGCGUGGGCAUCAAAGAUUUCAUGGUGGAGUUUAACGCGUAUCUGCAGCACAUGCCACAGCCGCACAAUAGCGAGGAGCUGAGCAACAAGCUGGGCCUAUUAAAGCAGCUGGUAGAGACAAAUUUACUUAAGCAUCGCACCGAACUAACCGACGCCAUGCUGGAGACACAGCGCGAGGUGAAGAGCCUGGAGAUAUUGCUUGCCCGCCAGGUGCAGGAGACCAUACGUACCGAGCUGCGCAAGCAUAUGGAUAAUCAGAACAUGGCGUUGCGCUCGCAGGCAGCCACACCGGCGCCCACCUAUGAUCUGCGUGAGAGCAUUAAACAACUGCUGCUGGCGGGUCAAAUCAACAAAGCCUUUCAUCAAGCACUGCUUGCCAAUGAUUUGAAUCUGGUGGAGUUCACAUUGCGGCAUACGGAUCGCAUGCAGGUCUUUGCGCCUGAGGGUUGUCGGCUGGAGCAAAAGGUGCUGCUCUCACUCAUUCAGCAAAUAUCAGCGGACAUGAGCAACCAUAAUGAGCUUAAACAGAGCUACCUCAAUGAGGCGCUGCUGGCCAUUAAUAUGUCGGAUCCCAUAACGCGCGAGCAUGCACCGAAAGUGCUCUCCGAGCUGUAUCGCAAUUGCCAGCUGUUCAUCAAGAAUUGUCCCAAAAGUCCGCAAUGUAGCAAUGUUCGCCUAUUGAUUGCCAUGUGCAGCGCCACUUACCGUGAUCAAUUCAAAUGAUAUUGCGAUACUGCUGCAAUUGCCAGUGGUUGGCACUGACAACAACUCGAACCCAAACCCAAGCCCCAUGCACAGACACCCACACAGACAUACGGACACGUUUGUAGUUAAGCAGGUCAUCCCGAUAGAACCGUUUCUAGCUCUAGCUUCAAUUUGAACUCUUAUACCUUUCCCUUUCAAUAUAUCCUAACUGUCCAAUUUGACAACGUAAGCUGAAAGUUUUAGCCACAAUUUUUCAUACAGUUUUUCGUUACUAUUUGUUUUGUGUGCGUUUCUUUGUUUUAUUUUAUAAUUUUAUAUUUAGAUCUUAACUCAUGUUCUCGUCACGAUAUUGUGUUUUCCAACAACAGAAAAAUAGGAAAAAGUGAGGAACGUGCUUAUCUAGCGUGAUCAUCAAUUGCAAUAAGUUAACCUUUUUUAUACAUAUAUAUAUAUAUAAUUUUAAAAAUAUUGAGUAUUUUUCUUUCUGUUCCUUCUGCGCGCUUUAUCUAUAAAGAUUUUUUUCCAUUUAUCAUGACGCUUAUCAAAGAGUAAAAUACACGUUAAAGCAGAGCUAUAGAAUUACAUUUUUAAAUACUAAAUUUUUUCAAAAUAACUAAAACGGACUUUCUAAAGAGGGACGGACAAUUUUGAUGAUUGCUAAAAAAAAUAAUUACAGAACUACAAGUAAAUGCGUAAAUAUUAAGCUAAGCCUAAAAUCGAAAAAAAAAAA